UAAAUAGUAAAUAGUAAAUACUAGAUAGUAUUAGUACUAUGAUGCUACUAGUUACUCCAGAGUGCAGAGUGCAGAUUAUUAGUUACUAUAGUGGUUGCCGUCCAUCCAGCAUCCAGAACUGAUAAUGAAUAAUAUUCUGUUGCAUUCGACCGUUUUUCGUCUAAACCUCGAUGACAAUUAGUUUUAUACUGUAAUGGUAUAAAAAUCUACGACUUGAUGUUUUGAAACGUGAAAAAGUUAUAAAUUAAGUACUACUAUAUUAUAACAUACAUUUAUAUAUUUGUUGUGUGUUAAAUCACAUCGAUUGGUAUUUGAUAGUACCUAUCGGCUAUCAUAGUGCUGGUAGUUGGAUACGUCCAACUUGGACCCUUACCACUUACUGCAGGACUGGACAUUUUCAAUACUCAAGACAAAAUCAUCAUCAAGAGGAGAAUACACUUUUAAAAGAAAAAUGUUUUCUUGUUCAAUUUGUGAUGAGGCAUUUGUUGGAAUUCACCAGGACUCUACUUUUACAACACUGUGUGGCCAUGUCUUUCAUCAUCAUUGUCUUAUGAAUUGGUUAGAAAGAUCAGAGACUUGUCCACAUUGUCGUGCACAAGUAUCAAUGAAUACAUUAGUUAAAUUGUUUUUACAAGUUGAUCCUCAUGCUCGAGUAUCGUGGGAUAGAAAAACUGACGAAGAAAUAGAAACACUUAAGGGGCAAAUAAAAACUUUAAAAUGUAAACAAUCCCAAAAUUCUAAUACUAUCUAUAGUCUGGAAUGUCAACUAAAAUCUAGAAAUAAUGCUUUAAAAAGUACCAAAGAAUAUAUUGAUACACUUAAAAGUCAAUUCGAAAGGCAAAAAAAGGAAAACAUUGCAAUUAAUGCUAAUCUAAAACUAUUAAAAGAAAAAUUAAAUGCAUCAGAAACUGAAAAAAAGAAAUUUGAAUUAAAAUUGCUAGAACAAACAACAGAAGUUCAAUCAUUAACAAAAAAUCUUUAUGAUUUACAAUCACAAAAUUCAGUAAUAAUUGAUAAAUUAAAAUCUGAAAUAGCUAAAUUAAAAUCAGAAAAAGCAUAUUUUCAAAAAAGAUGUCAUAAUACAGAAAAUAUAAAUAUUGAACAACCAUGUACAUCAAAGAUGUGUAUUGAAAAUGAAAAUGCAAUACCACUUCAAAAUCAAACUAAAAAAUUAUAUUAUGGGCAUGAUCCUCAGUUACACUUAACUGCCCAACAAUUUUUAUUAGGAUGUGUAUUUUUAAUUGUUGAACUCCAAGUUGAGCAUGAAGGUAAUUUAUGCAAUGACAUAAAAAUGUCUAAAAUUGAUAUUAUUGCACAUGGUGGAUCAGUUGAUCAGAUAUAUUCAACUCGCAUUACACAUGUAAUGUGUAUAACUCAAAAACAUCAUAUAGUUGAACAAGCUAUUAAAGAUGGCAAAAGAUGCGUGACUGAUUUCUGGCUCAGAGAUGUCAUUGCUAGAAAACAUAUGAUUCCACCUUGGUUAGCUCAUCAUUUUCCACUACCAUACAGUAUAAAUCAAAAUUUGCCAUGUCAAGAUUUAAACAUUUAUAUUGCUAAUUUUAGUAUAAAUGAAUAUUAUAGAAUUAAAUCAAUGAUUGAACUAGUUGGCGGUCGUGUUAUUGAUGAAGUUACCAAAGCUGAUAUUAUAGUUAGCAUGAAAUUAGAAGGUGAAUUAGCAGAAAGUUCUUUUAUAAACAGAGUGGUUAAUGUUCAAUGGAUAAAUGAUAUAAUUUUUGGGGAAAAACUCAGUUUAAAAAAAUCAGGAUAUUCACAAUAUCAACAAUUUGAUUUAAGUGAUCCAUUUUUAGUAAAUUAUGACAUGGUACCUCACUUAAUGGAGGCUUGGAAAUUUCCUCUAAGUUUUUAUAGCGCUCAAAAAUUUGAUGAUUAUUCUGUAAGUCCAGAUAGUUCUACAAAAUUUAAAAGACAAAAAACUCUAUCUAAAACUCCAGAAUUGAUCAAUUUAGUUGAUGAUGACAAUGACAAUGAUGUAGUCAUUACUUAUAUAAAAACCGUACCAAAAUCAAAACCAAGUGUUUUGUUUUCUGGUUUUUCAACGGAUGAUAGAGAAAUACUUAAAAUGAUAUUGUAUUUACUUGGUGGUAAACUUGCAAGUCGCCAAUUUGAUCCAACUCAUUUAGUCUUAAAUAAACCUAAAGUUUCAUUAGAUUUUUUUAUUUGUCUUCCAACUGUUAAAUAUGUUGUCAAUGCAAAUUGGUUAAAAGAUUCACAUUCCAAUUUGGAACUUCAAGAUGAAAAACAAUAUUUAAUAGAACAUUUGCAAGAUAAAAAUAUGGGGUUAUGUCAUGUACCCACUAUUCUUAGACAAUAUAGAUGUCAAAAACUAUUUAGAUUUAUAUCAUUCUUUAUUACUCCUGGAAUUACUUACCCACCUAUUCAUCACUUGGAGAAAAUCAUAUCUUCUGCUGGUGGUGUACUUGAAAAAACCAGAAGAUCUUUGGAGUCAAUCAAAGAAACACCAGCCCUUUCCUAUUUUAUAAUCUCAUCCCCGGAAGAACACAAAUUAUAUGAUGACUUAUCGCAUAUUCCUAAUGUUGUCUAUUUACCUGAAUUUAUAACAUGUUCACUCCUGGAGCAGAAAGUCCUAAUAAACAGGUUUAAAAUAGAAAUGACUGCUCAAAACUAAAUAUUUAUUAUUUUUACUGUGUAUUAUAUUUAUACAAUAAGUGUUUUAUUUAAAUGCACUGAAAUUGAUAAUAUUUGAGAAUAAAACAUGUGUACUGAUUUUUGUUGUUUUUAAAUAAUUACUAAGUAUUCAUGAUCAAUGUAUACAAUGUAAUUGUAACCAGACUGCUACUAUUGUUUAAAUUUAUUAAGUUAUAAGUUGUAAUAUUGUAAAAGACGUUAAAAAAUGUAUAAAUAUUAUUCAACUGACUCAUGAAAUCUUGUAUGUGUUAAACAGAUAAAUAACAAAUAAUUCUUAUAUUAUAUUUUAAGGUACUUAAUGUCUUCUAUACUACGGUCACUCUAAGAACGCUACUCGUUUGCGCAUCCAAACAGGUGGGCGGAGACAGAGCGGCACACAUUGAAGGCGGCCAGCGUUUGGGAAGGUUUAGUGGUGAGAAUGCGCUAGAUCAUACAUAUUUUAGUCGCCGCCCAGUAGCGUUCUUAGGAUGACUGUAGUAUAAUAUUAACAUCAACAAUUUAAACUGAUGUAACAUUAUUUUAUUUAACUUACUGAAAUAUACAUAAUAUACAACAUAUAGAAGUUUA